AUGCCGGGAGAAGAAGCUUUCUCUGCAGAUGUGGAGAAGCAUCUCGAGGCGCCGAUGCCGUGGAUCGGCGUGUACGUAGCUGCAGCUUCUCUGAUUUGCACGCUUGCAAUGGCUGCCGAUACUUUCCACGGGCUCCGAAGCAAGAAGCACUGGUUCCGCAGCAAGUACUUCACGCUCAACGCCACUUCUCUAACGUUACUAGCCGUUUCGAUGAAGCUGCCGGUUGAUCUCACGACGCGGAUGUACGCGUUUACCGAUCGGCUCGCGAAGAUCAGCAGCCUCGCGCUCAUGUCAACUGCUAUGGCGAAUUUCAUGACGUGUUUGGGGACAAUGGAUGAGAGAGAAAUGGUGAUGAACGUAACCGCUUUAGCCAUUCUUGUAGUAACUGUCGUGGUAAACGUAUGUGUUCAAAUUAUACAAGUGAGGCAGUUUCUCGGCGGUAGGAAGAUGUUUGCCGAAGAAAUCGCGGCGGCUUUCUUCAUGCUCGUUUCUCUUGUUAUGGUCGUGUCGUCGGCUGUCAUGGUGCCGACAACGAAAAGAUACCUGGAAACAAAGUACUAUGAGAUGCUGAAAUUGGCUACCGACGAACAGAUGAUCGUGGAUUCCGAGGAGCAAAGUUUCACGUUCGACAAACUGCGGCUUAUGAUUCAGAAAUACUGGGUGAUGGCAGAAACCAGCAGCCCGCAGUUCGUGAUUGCUCGGUCGCCGACGUGCACUGUUUCGGGCGUUGUUUCUCUGCUGACCGCUCUGGUUUUAGUACAAGCCGAGAUUCGAAUGGUGAUGGUGGAGAAAACAAUCGAUAAAAGCGCUUCCAAAUACGGGUGGUCGAUUAAGUGGAUCGUUCUUGCUCAGACGAUCGGGGUGGCAGUUGGUGCUAUUGCUCCCGCUUUCAGAUGCUACACUGCAAUAAAGUUCAGAUGGUCGGAGAAAGGCGGGAAAAGCUUUAAGGAUGAAUUCAAAGUCGAUGCUUAUUGGACACAGAGGCUGGUGGAGUGGAAAGAGAGCUCUUUACCGUUGCAGAUUAGAAACCGCAAGUGGAGAAGAGUUCUCCAUAAAACGAAAGGACUGAUUUUGAGUUUUCUUGUCGGGGUUCAGAUACUGAUUGUAGUAUGCUGCAAAGGCGUUCGGUUCGUAACUUUCAUCAUCACAAGUCCUAUCUUUUCGUGUUGCUACGGAAUCGACAAAUUGAAGCACACGCUCACCUCCAGCCCGUCACGCGUUCAUGGGAUCUCUGAAUUAGAAACACGAACGGAGAUAGAUUUUACCCGUUACGUUUUGCUACUCGAAGGUGAGGCGGAGCUACCUCAGAAGAUCCAAACAAGCAUCUGCGGUGAAGUCGACAAACUGAUUCAGAGAGGUAAGAAGCAGCAACCCAAGAAUCUUUUAAGCCUUCUGCACAAAGUCGGCAACUUCGGAGGGUUGAAAGAAGUCGACAGAAACCAAGUCCCGAGCCUGCACUCUCAAGAACCACCAAAGUGCUGGUCUUUACCUCUGGUGACGUUGACAAGUAUCGCCAUUGCACUUCCUAAUAUUCCGAAGAAAAAGAUUAACUGGCUGAUACAGAGCGUCGACGAAGGCCUCUUCUACGUGAAACUUAUCGAGAAAAACCUGGAUAAAAAGGGCAAGUUAGUAAACAGCAGAAACGGAGCAGAUGUCAUUUGGGUAGGAGUUGAGCUGUACCGUAAAUGGCAAGGGAAGGAUCUCCACGAAACAUCUCUCAAAUACAAAAACUCGAAAGAGACGCUACAAGAGCUAUCAAACAACGCCGAAAAAACCUUACUUGAUUUCAAUCGAGACAGAAAAGAUUUCUUGAUGGAGAACCCCCAAAACUGGCCGGUUAAAGUCAUAGCUGCGAACUCUAUGUAUCGGGUCUGCCAGAGGCUUCUGAUAGCGUAUCAAAGCGAUUAUCUCCGAGCAGACGAGGGAUUGUUCGACCAGCUGUCGAAUAUGAUUGCGAAUAUAAUGGCGGCUUGCCUUACCAAUCUAAUGCGCGUCAUAAUCAUGAAGUGCCACCACAAAUCGAUAAAAGAGAAGGAGAAGUUUGUGCGUCAAGCGGCUCUCUUGUUGGGUGAAACUGAAGAAAUUCUUGAAACGCUUCACCAGCACAGAUCUACAAGGCAGGAUCCUGAUGAGACGGAGUUUAUCGAUAAAUGGUGUAACUUAAUGAAGAGGAAAGUUUAG